CGGAGGCGCGGGCAGCGUGAAACUGGCAGCAGGAUGUGUGACCGGAACGGUGGGCGUCGGCUCCGGCAGUGGCUGAUCGAGCAGAUUGACAGCAGUAUGUACCCAGGGCUGAUAUGGGAAAAUGACGAGAAGAGUAUGUUCCGUAUCCCUUGGAAGCAUGCUGGCAAGCAGGAUUACAAUCAGGAAGUGGAUGCUUCCAUCUUCAAGGCCUGGGCAGUUUUUAAAGGGAAGUUUAAAGAGGGGGACAAAGCUGAACCAGCCACGUGGAAGACGAGGUUACGCUGUGCUUUGAACAAGAGCCCAGAUUUUGAGGAAGUGACUGAUCGAUCCCAGCUGGACAUUUCCGAGCCGUAUAAAGUUUACCGAAUUGUCCCCGAGGAAGAGCAAAAAUGCAAGCUGGGUGUGGCACCUGCAGGCUGCAUGAGCGAUGUCACGGAGAUGGAGUGUGGCCGUUCUGAGAUAGAUGAGCUGAUCAAGGAGCCUUCUGUGGAUGAAUACAUGGGUCUGGCCAAGAGGAGCCCAUCCCCACCAGAGGCCAGCAGGAGCCAGGUCCUUCCUGACUGGUGGGUCCAGCAGCCCAAUGCGGGCCUGCCAUUAAUGACCGGGUAUGCCGCCUAUGACACACAUCAUUCAGCCUUCUCCCAGAUGUUGAUCAGCUUCUACUAUGGGGGCAAGCCUGUGGGCCAGGCUACCACCACCUGCCCCGAGGGCUGCCGCCUAUCCCUGAGCCAACCCGGGCUUCCCAAGCUGUAUGGGCCUGAUGGCCUGGAGCCAGUGUGCUUCCCAACAGCUGACACCAUCCCCAGCGAGCGGCAGAGGCAGGUGACCCGGAAGUUGUUUGGGCACCUGGAGCGUGGUGUGCUCCUGCACAGCAACCGCAAGGGUGUGUUCGUGAAGCGCCUGUGCCAGGGCCGCGUGUUCUGCAGUGGCAAUGCAGUGGUGUGCAAGGGCAGGCCCAACAAGCUGGAGCGGGAUGAGGUGGUGCAGGUCUUUGACACCAACCAGUUCUUCAGAGAACUGCAGCAAUUCUACGCCACCCAGAGUCGCCUUCCUGACAGCAGGGUGGUGCUGUGCUUUGGGGAGGAGUUUCCGGACACCGCGCCCUUACGCUCCAAACUCAUUCUGGUGCAGGUGGAGCAGCUGUAUGCCAGACAGCUGGUGGAGGAAGCGGGAAAGAGCUGUGGUGCUGGUCCCCUGAUGCCAGCCCUGGAGGAGCCCCCACUAGACCACACAUUGCGGAUGUUUCCAGAUAUUUGUGCCUCACACCAGAGACCCUUUUUCAGAGAAAAUCAACAGAUCACUGUCUAAGCCUCACCCCGGGCAUCCCACCUCGCCUGAGGCUCAAGCUUCACAAUUCUGUGCCUGACAGGAUUCUGCUAGGAUGUGCACCCCUCUGGCUAGGGUGGGCAGUGUCCUCCAUGGGGCCUUGAGAAGCCCAGAGAUGGACACAUUCCUGCUCAGGCAGAUGUUGGAGUUUGCAGGGGCGGUUCCAAAACCUGCAAUUUAAACAUUCGUUUCCUGAAUUUUCCCCUUUAUCAUUAAUGGUUGUUCUUUCUGCAUGUUGAAGUCACUUUGACAGUUUAAAUCAGUCUGUGGCAAUAGAGUCACCUUUGUCCUUCUCUGCUGAAGGUAGAGAUUUCUGACUUCCUCUGCUUGAUUGUAGACAAUGCAUCUUUUUACUGUUCAGACCUUUUCUUUUUGUUUUUGGCAAGAAGGUUGAGAAAAUAAGUUGGUAACACUUUUUUUUUUUAAAUUUCUGUAAUGAGGUGGUCCUGGGUAACCCCUGUCUCCUUUCUAAAUGGUUUUCACUUUUUAAACAAUAUAUUUGUAUUUUCACUUGCCCUACUUUGAACCUUCCCUGUUAAAUGGGCAGAUUAUAAAUAUGAGUAUAGAUACUGCUUGCAGAUUUCAUAUGAAUUUUGGUUAUGGCUUAUCAAUUCACAUGACUCUGUAUCAGCUGGCAGGGGUUUGUGUGGGGCAUGGUAGGACCAGGAACUGUGGAAAGGACCCAUCCACAGGCUUCUUACCCUCCUAUUGUCCCAUUCCACACCCAGUCCUAUGACCCAGUGAAAAACUAUGUCCAGAUUGCACUCUAGGCUUAGAAGUGCACACCCACAUACCAGAGAAAGGUACAUAUCCUACAUGUAAUCACAGAACAGAAUGCCCACCUGUAACGUGCUGAGCAGAAGCUAGGGUGGAAAACUUAGGGCAUGGCUGAGUGACUGAGGCCAAUUUAUGCCCCCAACCUGGUGUCCAGUCUAGCAUCUACAUAAUUUUAGGCUGCAGGGCCUUGGGGGUGCCUCCAGAGCUGCUUUCUGCGGGAGUGAGCCACUGCCGAGGAUUUAUUUUGGCUAUCAGUGCACAACAGGUGCCAAUGUCAAGCACAUGUGGGCAUAGAGAGCAUCAUCUUCCUUCCACUCUUGUCUGGGGUCAGGAGAGACCUCCUCCAUUUGUUUUCCUUUGUAACCGGCAGGGGUCCCUCCUAAUGUGCUCAGCAUUCCACAGUGAAGGGCAAGACUGUUGUUCACGCUGGGAAAGCGUGAGGGUUCAAAGGACAAUCCCUGCUACUGAGGGGCUCGACAGGUUACACCUUACAAGCCAAAAAGUCAAAGAACUUGGAGAACUUUGUGGCUGUUGUGUGAAGGUGAUGGAGGUAGGUCGGCUCAACAGUUACAGUCACCAGAGUAUGGGACACCUGCAAACAGAACCUGGGGCUUGCUUCUGCUGCUCCGCCAAAGCCAGGAACAUCUCUUCUGAAGCUGGGACAACCAGUUUCCUGGCCACAUGUCACAUGUCACCUCCUCCUCGAGAGUGCUAAUGCAAAAAUCUAUAAUCCAAAUAUUUAUUUUUGUAUUCAUUUAAAAAGUGUUGAUCUCAUCCUUUAUUAAAGUAAAUUACUCUUUCAUAAAA